GUGUUUUCUCUGUUAUUAUUCUCGGCUUGGUGCUAUCGGGUAGAAUUUCACAGGAGCGCGGCAAAACAUCUAGAACUGAAGUUAUUAAAAGAAAGUGGUCUUCUAAUGGCACGGUGUCAUCAAGAAAGGUCUGCUGAAACUUCACUUUCCCCUUCAACUUUCAUCUACUGGGCCUUGAGGAAUAAAGUAUUGAUAGUUGAACUCCGUUCUACACGUCGUCUAUGGGGAACCCUAUAAAUGUUUGACCAGUUGUGUACAACUUUUUGUGCUCUGCCCAGGCGCUCUCUCUCAUAUGGCCGGGGUACCAUGGGUGGUGUCCAUGCUGUUACUGCUGCUGCUCUACUCCCCAGGGGCGUCCUCAACCCCCGUCCAGCACCUGUGCGGCUCCCACCUGGUGGACGCCCUCUACUUCGUGUGUGGAGAGCGGGGUUUCUUCUACAGUCCGAGGCGAACCCACAAGCGGGAUCUGGAGCAUGUGCUCGGGUUCCUGUCCAAAAGGGCCAGACAGCAGCAGCGGCAAUGGAGGGCUCUGUCUGACCGCAAUGAGCCCAAGGUGAAGAGAGGCAUCGUGGAGCAAUGCUGUCAUAAGCCAUGCAGCAUUUACCACCUGGAGGGCUACUGCGACUGACUCGCCACUCCACAACCGACAACACUCAUAGCUUGUAAAAAAAAAAGGUCCCGAAGGCAAUUUCUGGCCUGGUACUUGCUGGCUAUGUCUUAUCAACUGAAGGAAAUAAAGCUU